CCACAACAACAACUAAUGUAUCGUAUAUUAGCGUAUUCUAUGACUUAUUUAGCUAUGGGUCAUCAAGAAUCAUGGGGGUUUGAAAAAAUUAAAAAUAAAAUAGAAUAUCUGGCUUUCAAAAUAAACACUAAUUUAAUUUUAAUAUUUGCCCCAAUGACACUGGUAUCACAGAUCAUAAAUAUAUUAUUUAAUUACAGUAAACUAUCUUUUGAUUCGAUUACGAGUAUAUUCGUAUUGAUACCGGUAGCGACUUUGAUAAACAUACAGCUACUUACAGCACAAACGAAGAAAUAUAAGAGCAUAACUGAGAGGUUUUUUCGACAUUUUCAUUUAUGUCAUAUAAAAGAUCAAAACAAUUUUGUGAAAAAGAUAACAGUUGAAACUGAACUUUAUAUACGUAUUGCGGUGGGCAGUUUUAUAAUAUUAACACUUACAGAUGGAGCACUAUGGGUAAUCAGUCCCGCUAUCACAAGCUUAAAAUAUAAGGAUCUAAUAAUAAAUAACAAAACGAGAACAUUUGAAACAAGCAUUCAUUUGUGGUAUCCAUUCGAUUAUUUGCAUAAUUAUCGUAAUUGGCAAAUGGUACAUUCAUUAAAUGUAUACCUAGUUGCGAAUGCUUCUAGUAUUAUUGCUUUCGCAAAUGGAAUAUAUGCAUGUAUAAUAUUUCAUUUAAUCGGUCACAUAAAAAUUUUGAAAUAUAAGAUAUCGUCACAGAAAUGGGAUGGCUUGAAUAACCUGGAGGUAAAGAAAACUUUAACUGAUAUUAUCAAAUAUCAUAUUUUUGUGAAAGAAAUUAAAAAUGAUAUACAAGAUGUAUUUGGUAUUUCUGUAUGCGGAGGUUAUGGGACCAAUUUAUUCGUAGACAGCCUGGUAUUGUACCAGAUAAUGGAAGGGAGCAAGGAAAGCGCCCCAGUAUACGUUGUGUUGGGUAUAGUCCUAAUACUUCAGAUUGUUACAGUUUCUAUUAUUAUAGAGCAAAUACCAAUGGAGAGUGAGGACUUACCGAGUAUUGUGUAUAAUAUCCCAUGGGAAGAUAUGUCAGUACCUAACAAAAAACAUGUAUUGUUAAUGCUUACAAUGUCUCAGACACCUAUGCAGAUUAUAAUGCCAGGAGGUCUCAGAGCAGGAGUUCGACUUAUGAUCUCUGUAUUCAAGACAACCUUUUCAUAUUACGUCAUGUUGAAGCAAUCUAAGUAA